CCACGCCUGCUAAGAAACUUGCCACUCCAACCACUCCUGGCAGUCCAAGUCCACGUAUUCGCAAGUCCCAGAGGGAGGCACCUGAUCUCGGAACCGAGUUGACCUUCAUCUUGCUUGGCGAUGGCCCAAAGGCUUCCCGCAAGACCUUUGUUGUUCACAAGAACCUCCUCAUGACCGUGUCCGGCUUCUUCGCCAUGGGCCUCACUUCUUCAUUCAAAGAAGCCGAUACUGGCAUCUUCGAGAUGGAAGAGGAAGAUCCCGAUGUUUUCUCCAUCUUCGUUCACUGGAUCUACUUCAACCGCCUGUUCACAGUGAAGACCUCUCCUUCCUCAGCCACCGAUGAGGACUCGGAAGAGUGGGACUGCCUUCCUCGCCUCUACACUCUCGGUGAACGCCUCGAUGCCCCUAGAUUCAAGGACGCCGUCAUCUCUGCCACCAUUGAGAAAGUGAAGGAAUCUCAGGUCAUGCCUGAUAACUGGGCAACUUACGUGUACCAGAACACGGUCGCCCCUUGUGGAAUGCGUCGCCUCAUCGUUGACUUUCAUGUCUUUGCCCAUCAGGGAAAGUUGCUCAAGAAGGGAGCUUGUCCUGAUGCUGAUGAGCCUGAGGGCGACUUCUUGCAAGACGCUAUGGCUAGAAUGGUAGAUGCUGGACAGAGUGUCUUCACUACGGCUGCUCAGAUGCCUUGGGCUAAUCCUUGUGAUUACCAUGAGCAUGGAGAUUCUGUCUGCCACUUGCUCGAAGAAGGAGGAGUCGCACCUCCUUCCUCUCCUGACAUCCUCGGUACUGAAAACGGCCACUUGACGCCUGUCAGACGCAGCACCAGGCGCACUCGACAUGGACCAGACUUUUGAAGUAAACCAGCCUCGACCUCUCGGCAUCAAGCUCUCUUUCAACCGCGCCUAUACUCAGUUGUUCUGGCAGCCUUACAAUCAUCACUUUGCCCCAUUCGAUUGGGCUUCUGCUGUUCAUGUGCUGGCCGCCAACAACUGGAGACAACGCAUGAUCCGCAGCAACAAGGACAACCUAGGCAUCCCACGUAUUCAUAGAACCUGAGACGCUUUCGAUACAGAUGUGACAACGAGACGGGCGAAGACAAAGUGUUUGAAUUGAUAGUGAAAAUCUGAUGAAGAGAUAGAGACGUAGUCGUAGGGAUGAGCGAGAGAAGUUUGGCAACAAUAGGGGCAUCAAUGUGACCGAGAAACAUGAGAUACGAGAAGACGGAAUGUAAAACGAAAAGGGGCAACAUGGAUGGUACUCGGAUGAAAAGACGUCUGUAUUUUCUUUCUUCAUUAUUUCUGCUGGCAGAAGGCUGGUUUGUGCAAUUCGGAGGGAGCAAUUC